CAACUCUGGUGUCUUGUCUGGUCUCUUCACACUCCGCGCUAAAACCCUAAACCUCGCCGCCGGCCACCGCCAUGGCGGCCCCCAAUGGGCGCCUCGGCUUCCUCCGUGAGGUCGAGCUCCGCCUCCUCCGCUGCACCCUCCCCUCUCCGCCCUCUACCUCGCCCCCAACAGCUCCUCCUUCCCCUGCGCACCCGCUCGCCGCCGCCGCCGCCUCAGCGCUCGCCGCCGUCGAGGAAGGCGACUACGAGGCAGCUCUCGCGGCCGCCGCAUCGCACCUCCUCCCGGCCUCCGCCUCCUCUGGACCGCCCGACUCCGCCGCUCAGUUCUACGCCGACCUGGCAGCCGCCGCUCGGGCCUUCCUACUCGGGGAUGGGGACGGGGGAGCGGUCGGAGAGGGGUUCGAGUGCAGGUGCGCGGUUGUGCUCUCCGCCGCGGUGGCUGCGCUGCUAGCAUUCACGCAGCAGAACGUGACUGGGCCUCCAAAGAAGUUUUCCACUUUUCCUUUCUGGACUUCAUCUUUAGACGAAGGAUGGUACAGUAAUAUUGGAGGCAUAUGGGAUGCCUGGGCUUCUGCUAAUUUAGCUUCUUUUGGUUCUCAUGUUCAUGGGAAAUUUUCACUCUUGCAGUUUAUUGUGUUUGCAGAGCUUUUGUUAACCAGCAUACAGAAUCUGGAUCUAUCUGAUUGCUGGAGUGUGUCAUGGUGGUUGUUUAGAAUAUCAAUGCUCCAGCAGAACAUUUUAGAUGAGUUGUCGUCGUCGUUGUCCGAUCAAGUGCAAGUGUACAAGAAUAAGAUGUUGGGCUAUUUUGGUGAACUGGAAAAGGUUUCUACCUACUGGGAUUCUUUAUUGUUUGAUGGAGAAGGCUCUUAUUUUGUUUCAGCUGCUUUCUUAGAGGCUGGAAUCGUGGAGUACAAAUAUGGUCGUCUUGAUGCUUCAAGGUUGCAUCUGGAUAGCGCACAAGAAGCAUGUGACCUACAGCUCUCCCUUACAGGGAUUCUUGGCUUUCGAACAAUACACCAGGUGGAUGCAAAGUCUCAAAUGGUGCUUGUUGCGAAGACCAAUAAAUCAGGAUCCGAUGAAGGACAAGCUACAGAACCCACAGUAGCUCUGAACGACAAUGCAGCUUUAAAAAACGCAAGGAGUUCUGUUCCUGUUGAAAGCGAUGAAUUCUGUGACAUACUAAGAACGCCCAGACUGGUGCAUGAUGGGAGCAAUUCUGCCAGUGAGAGUAAGACAGGCCCCAGUGCAAAUAUACCACUAUCGGCUAUCCAGCAGGCUGCUGUACUUGCACAAUGCUUGCAUGUGAGCCGAAGGAGUCGAAGUGAUGACAUGUCUGGGUGGGAGAUGGCACCAUACAUAGAGUCAAUCGAUUCUCAGGGCGAAUCUUACUUUGUGGUCAGGAGCUUAUGUCAUAUACUGCGUAUCAGAUGGGAGUCAACCCGCAGUCGAACAAAGCAGAGGGCACUACUAAUGAUGGAGAAUUUGGUUGAAGAUGCUGGCAAAGAAUUCCCUGUGGCCGCACAAAGAGUUAAAAUGGUUUUUGGGGUUCACAUGCCAACUCUCCCUGCCUUGAGGAAAGAAUACGGUGAACUUUUGAUCAGUUGUGGUAUAGUUGGAGAAGCACUGGAAAUCUUUAAAGAUCUUGAAUUGUGGGAUAACUUAAUAUAUUGCUAUAGAUUGUUAGGUAAAGUGUCUGAUGCAGUUAGUCUAAUAAAUGCUCGACUCUCUGUCAAUCCAAAUGACCCAAGGCUAUGGUGUUCACUUGGUGAUGUUACAAAUAAUGAUGAUCAUUAUAAAAAGGCAUUAGAAGUGUCAAAUAAUAAAUCUGCCCGAGCUAUGCGUUCACUGGCUCGCAGUGCGUACAACAGGAAUGACUUCUAUACGUCCAAAAUCCUAUGGGAAUCUGCAUUGUCGUUAAACUCUUUGGUUCCAGAUGGCUGGUUUGCAUAUGGUACAGCUGCAUGGAAGGAUAAGGAUCUUGACAAAGCUGUGGAUGCAUUUAGUCGUGCUGUUCAGAUAGAUCCUGAGAAUGGAGAAGCAUGGAACAACAUAGCCUGCCUGCACAUGAUUAGAGGAAAAAGCCAAGCAGCAGUACAAGCAUUCAGGGAAGCUGUAAAGUUCAAGAGGAAUAGCUGGGAAAUUUGGGAAAAUUACAGUAAAGUUGCUUUGGACACAGGAAAUGUUCGACUGACACUUGAAGCUUUAAAAACUGUAUUAAAUUUAUCCUCAAACAAGCGCUUCAACGUUGAUAUAUUGGACAAGGUGAUGACAAUGCUUGAAGAACAACCUCCACACUUUGUUGAUACUCCUGAAGCAUCAGAUGACACAAAUAAAGAGACUAUACAAUCUAAUCAAUUGUUAGAUAUUAUUGGUGAUAUCCUUCAGCAGAUUGUGCGAAGUGGGGGCAGCAAUGCGGACGUAUGGGGUUUGUAUGCCAGAUGGCAUAAGACCAAGGGUAACCUCAUGGCAUGUUCGGAAGCUUUGUUGAAGCAAGUUCGAUCUCUUCAGGGUUCAGAACUAUGGCAUGACCAAAAAAAGUUCACAAAAUAUGCUCAAGCUUCUCUGCAGCUUUGCAAGGUGUACAUGGAAAUUUCAUCCUCAUCUGGAAGCCGACGGGAAUUAUUAACAGCCGAGAUGCACCUUAAAAGCACCUUGAAACAGGCAGCAGAUUUCUCGGAUACCGAGGAGUAUAAAGCUCUUGAUAACUGUCUUGAGGAAAUAAAGAACCUGAUUGCUGCCACUGCCUAGGCUUAUCCAGGUUCUGGGAUACAGGUUAUGAUAAGUGAAUGCCAAUUUCUAAUUUGGCUACCUUACAGAAGAUUUCGCUUGUGUACCAAGGUCACUGUUAGAUUCGUCCACAUUACUGGUGUCAUGUCUACUCGGCAAAAUCUUUAGUCAAGCUAUGGGGAGGAAAGGAAGUCUUGCUUUCUGAUAGUAAACACGACGCGUAUGGCUACACAGUGAGCUUCAGUGUAACAGGAAAUUAUCAUUGAUUUUGCACCUUUCGAAUUCUUCUCUGUUAUGGAGUUGUAUUGUUGUAAGUUGUACGUUUGUUCUUGUAAAAGUUCUGGAAAUUUGUGGAAUGUUUCAGCGAUUUUGGAGUAGCAGUUUUCGAGCGAAUGCAGAAUCUACACAUUUUUUUGUGGAUGAAAAA